CUCUUACUGGGACCACUUUAUAACGUAUCGAGAUGAAAGAAGCAAGCAUUCGUUAAUUUCAUUAUUCUUUGUGCGCAAUAUACUGGUACGUUGACAGUCAAUACGUUUUUUAUCGUAGAUUUAAAUAAAGAAUUGAAUUGUUUUUAUUUGUAUCGGAAUUAUUUGAUGCAAUGGAAGAUUUUCAAACUGUAAAAACUCAUUCUAUAAUUGAAGAACGGAAAGUUAUUUAUGAAUGGAAAAUAGAUCAAUUUCGAUCGAUGAUGCGAUUUUCCAUGAAUGCGAAAAAGAACAGUACAAUUCGAUCACCAGAUUUUUCAACUAAUAAUAAACCUGGUGAUAGUUCGUGGUGUUUAGAAAUAAAUCUUCAUUCGGAUUCAGAGAGUCCUGCAAAUUGUUUUUCGAUAGCUCUGACAUAUUGUGGUUCUCAUCAAUCAUUAAGAGCCAAUUAUUCCAUGUGGAUUAUUGACAAUGAAAAAAACAAACAAUUUGAACGAAAGGGAAAUUAUAUUUUCGACAAUAAUGUAGGAUAUAAUAUUCUGCCGCCUAUAAAAAUGUAUGAACUAUAUAAAGAAAUAAAUAAAUAUUUACCUGAUGAUACAUUAACGAUAUCCCUUGAACUUACUGAAUUUAUUGUACGUUCUAACACUAGUCAACCCACCACUAAACUUCGAUUAGGAGAAUCGAAACAAAUUGUCGACGAUUUGAAACAUCUUUUUGAUAGUAAAGAAGGCAGUGAUGUUGUUCUAAUUGUGGGAGAUAAGAAAAUUCCAGCGCACAAAACUUUGCUCGUGAGUCGAAGCCCUGUAUUUUCUGCAAUGUUUAAACAUAAGCUGAAAGAGAACCGAGAAAAUGAAGUAAAUAUCCCUGAUAUGGAUCCUGAUACUUGUGAGAAGCUGUUAGAAUUUAUUUAUACGGACAAUGUGACUGAUUUUGAUCAAUUUUUUGAACGUUUAUACGAACCGGCAGAUAAAUAUCAGAUACCAGCUCUUAAAAAGGUAUGCGAAGAAUUACUUUAUAAGAACGUAAAAGUUGAAAAUGCCGUUCAAUAUCUCGUUUUACUUGACCGUCAUAAUGCUGGUGAAGAAUUUUUUAAGUAUAUCCUUGAUUUCAUCGCAAUCAAUUCCAAGAAAAUUAUCGAAACCCCCGAAUUUAAAGCCUUGGAAAAAACUAAUACAGAAUUAUUAAUGACUAUAAUAACGAAAAUUUGCAGUAUUAAAUAGAAAAACAGAUCAACAUCUGGGUAAUUCAAUACCACAACAUAAACUGGACAUUAGUAAACAUCGUAUCAUCAGCUAUAUUCAGUUAUGACGUUAAUUUAAAUCUUGUUUUCACUUUUUUAUAAUUACUCUUAUUUUUAUAAUACAAUUAAAAAUGAUGAUAUCAACUAUACCUAUACAAUCAUUAACGUCUGUUAGUUUAUGCUCAUAAAAGAGUAUUCUAUUAAAAAAAUGAUUAUUUUGUAUUCUUAAUUUUCCAUCAAAUUUAAUUAAUACGCAUACAUAAAAAACAAAUCCAAACUACGGAUAAAUUUGAAUAAAAAACAAGUUCCUUGAUAUUUUUAUUUUUGCUUAUGAUGGAUGUGAAAGAAAACAAGAACUGUACCUCAUAUUACAUAAAUAUCAAUUGAUUUACAUACGUUCGCAUAAAUAAAUCCAAAUUUUAUUAUUUACAAACAUUCAAUGAAGUGUAAAGUUUCAUCAAAUCGAUAACUAAA